UGUUGUGAAAUGUGAAUGGGAUUUCCAAAAUUAAUAAAUCACUCAUACACAUAAUAAGGAUACCUAUAAUCUUCCAGUUCCACACUCUGCUGUGCAUUGCCUAUAGUUUUCUGCAUUGCCGUUAAGUUAAAAUAACGUUAAAAAUGUCGUCAUCUCAAAAAACUUGCAAAAAGUUUGUUUUAAAUAAUGGAUUGGAAAUGCCAGCUGUUGGAAUGGGCACAUAUCGUAUUCGUAACGAAAGUGUCCUAAUGCAGGCUGUUGAUGAUGCUUUGAGGACUGGCUACAGGAUGUUUGACACAGCAGCAGUGUAUGGAAAUGAGCAGUAUCUCAAGAAGGCAUUCAAUCAACUGUUACCAAAAUAUGGACUUGAAAGAGAAGACAUUUUCAUUACAACCAAAAUGGCACCCUCAGAUCAUGGUGGCAAUGAAAUAACAGAAAAAGCUUUCCUAAAAUCACUGGACAAUCUUGGCUUGGAAUACAUAGACCUGUACUUAAUCCACUUUCCCGGCACUGCAAGAAUCCCAACAACAGAUCCAAGGAACAAAGAAUUGAGAGGAAACACUUGGGCCAAACUAGUAGAGAUCUACGACAGUGGGAAAGUGAAAGCUAUAGGAGUCUCAAACUACACUGUCAGACAUUUGAAAGAACUGGCUGCUAACAGUCACGGGCUCAUGCCAGCUGUAAACCAGGUGGAAUGGCAUCCAUACUACUUCCAGCCAGAGCUUCUGAAGUAUUGUAACGACAAUGAUAUCCUACUACAGGCAUAUUGUUCUUUGGGAGGUACAUCAGCUCAAAAUGCAUCAUUAUUAGAAGAUCCUGUAGUUGUUAACAUAGCAAAGAAACUGAAUGUGACAAGGCCACAGCUCCUACUAGCCUGGGCUAUACAGCAAGGUGUGGCUGUAAUACCUAAAUCAACAAAUCCAGAGCAUAUAAAACAGAAUAUUGAAUUGGAGUUUGUCAUUCCAAAGAGUGAUCUUGAAGCCCUAAAUGGUCUUGGUAGGAACAACAUCAAGUAUGCUUGGGAUCCUUCAGAAGUGGUGUAGGUUAACAGAAAAGUGAUCCGUCCAUUACAGUACAAUGUUUUGUUUAUUUUUGUGCACAUAAUGCUAAAGAAUACUCUUAAUUAUGUAAGUUUGUUUUAGACAUUUUAAAUGUAUUUAAGUACCUACCUAUUUUUUUUUACAAG